GUUAAUAGCUACACGUUUUUUCACACAAAAAAAUUUUUUGAAUAAAGCCUGGCCUCUGUUUUAUAUCUUCAUUUCAACAAGAGUUCUGUUUUUAGCAAAAGGCCUGUUAAUUUAUAAAUUUUCUUUUUUAAUUUUUCAAUAUUUCGGACAUAUUCAGGCGACGAAUAAAUAAACAACCAGUGGGAACACAUCGGCGAUAAAGUAUGGGCGAUAAGCCAUUGAGCGAUGAGAUUCAUCGCCGUAGUGUGAACUUAGCUUUAAUAAGCGAGAAGAUUGAAAUAAAUAGGGGGUUGAAAAAUUCUUGAACUAUUUAUAUAUUUUUACACGUUGAAAACAGCAACAAAGGGAGUUUUUAGUUAUCUUGAAGGACCUAAUUGAAUAGAAUGGGUGAAGUUUCUUACCUCAUAUUUUUAGUCCCGUUUAGAUUCUCAAGUAAAAAUAAUCUUUGUUCGAGUUCAAGAUUUUACACGUAGAUCUUAAUCCUUGCGUGUUUGUUUUUAAUAACUGGCAAUGAGAAUGCGUGAUGUCAUUUAUUUCUGCCAUUAUGAAUUCACUUAAACCAACAGUCGAGUUUAAGAAAAACAGUUUGUAGGCUGAAGAAGUUGUGUUGAGGUUGCAAGGAGAGUAAAAAAGGCAACAUGCAGUACACUGUAAUUUCCACUAUCUUAAUUAUGCAACAGCUAAUUAUGCACAGAGCUACAGCGAACGAUGUACCAGUCACACCAAAACCAUGUAAAGAUACACUGUCAGCAAAAUCCUGUCGCAGGUUGUCCGAGCAUCGUGUGUGUCUCUCACAUAAAAAAAGAAUGAAAGUUUUUUGUCCAUACACAUGUGGAUUUUGUAAAAGAACUGGAAAAUUGGAAUGUCAGCAGACACCAUUUGGGUGUUGUCCUGAUCGUGUCACACCUGCAAAGGGAAGAAGAAAGUGGGGAUGUCCUGAAAAAUGUGCAGAUGAAUUGAAUGUGGGCAUCUGCAGAUCGAUGAAAAGAAGUGGAAUUUGUCAAAGCAAAUCAAACUACAAAAUGAAGUGCCUCCAUACUUGUCAAAUGUGUCGUAAGUGUGUGGACAAGUCACCGAAGAAAUGUAGACAUAUUGUCAAAUAUAAACUUUGUCAUAAGAAGAAGUCGACUGCAAUGAAUAUGUGCCGAAAAUCCUGCUCAUUUUGUGGUGAAAGUGAUCCGUGUUACAAAUUUGCUUGUGAGAAGGACCUGAGCUGUCGUGUUGAUCACAAUGGAAAGCCAUUUUGUGCUUGCAAUAGAAAAUGCCAUCAUGGUGACCAUUAUACGGGUAUGUUGUGUGGCAGUGAUGGGAAGGAAUAUGAUAGCCUGUGUAAACUGAAGAACAGCGACUGCAGUAAUGUAAUCACUGUUGUGAAUUAUGGAAAGUGUAUGCAGGCUAAUGUGGUUGCAAGACGACUAUUUAAAAGAGGCAUCACAAUGGAAGCGUUUUGCAAUCAGGCAAAAGAUAAACCACAUUGUCACAAACUGUCAUUAUCUCGUAGUGUUUGCCAGUUGCGACGUGUGAUGAAAAAAUGUCCACAUGCCUGUGGAUUCUGUUACAAAGGAACACCUUGCCAGUAUACAGAAUACGGAUGCUGUCCGAAUGGUAUUUCUGCAGCAAAAAGUAGAAACGGAGGAGGGUGUCUAGCAAAGAAACGAUGCAAGGACCAGUCUCCACGUUUCUGCAAGCGUUUCAUUCCAACUUGUGGACACAGCAAAUACAGCAUGAUUCACUAUUGUUACAAGACAUGUCAUUAUUGCGUCUGACCACGUAUAAUCAUGCUGUGCAAUAUGAUUGUGGCACGUGCGACCACUACAAGAAUGAUGGCUUUGCUAUAUGGCAACAUUGACUGUCAUAGAGACAAAAAUGAAAUAAUUGUAACUUUUAUCCACUGAUUAUUUUGUAUAUUACAUAUUACUCUCGUUUCUGGGGUA